UAUUCCUUACGUGAUCUUAUUCGAUUUACGUGAUCUUAUUCUAUUCCUUUGCAAAUCUAAUUCCCAAGCUCUGAUCUUUGCUCCAAUCAGCUUUAGCAGUUUCUUGUGAUUAGGAAGAAUGGGAUAUAUAGGGGCACAUGGUGUAGCAGCUUUGAAAAGAUACAAAUACAGUGGUGUGGAUCACUCUUACCUUGCUAAAUACGUUUUGCAACCCUUUUGGAGCCGCUUUGUCAACUUAUUCCCUCUUUGGAUGCCACCGAAUAUGAUAACACUCAUGGGAUUUAUGUUCUUGGUUACAUCAGCAGUGCUUGGCUAUGUUUAUUCCCCUCAGUUGGAUUCACCACCACCAAGAUGGGUUCAUUUUGCACAUGGGUUAUUUCUAUUUCUAUAUCAGACUUUUGACUCUGUCGAUGGGAAGCAAGCCAGAAGAACAAACUCCUCUAGUCCACUUGGAGAACUUUUUGACCAUGGGUGUGAUGCGCUUGCAUGUGCGUUUGAAACCAUGGCUUUUGGGAGCACUGCCAUGUGUGGAGGGGACAGUUUCUGGUUCUGGGUAAUUUCAGCUGUUCCGUUUUAUGGAGCUACAUGGGAACACUAUUUCACCAAUACGCUGGUCCUUCUCGUAGUUAAUGGGCCAACCGAGGGCCUUGCUCUGAUAUAUGUAAUGCACUUUUUGACAGGAUUUUUGGGUGCCCAGUGGUGGGCUCAGCAAUUUGGACAAUCCAUACCCAUCUUCAGUUGGGUACCUUUACUUAAUAAAAUUCCAACAUACAGAGCUGUGCUGUAUUUUAUGAUAGCAUUUGCUGUUAUACCUACUGUUUGUUGCAAUAUACAGAACGUCCAUAAGGUCGUUCAGGCACGAAAAGGAAGCAUGUUGUUGGCAUUAGCAAUGCUUUAUCCAUUUGUCAUACUCAUGGGAGGAGUGCUUGUUUGGGAUUAUCUAUCACCCUCAGAUAUUAUGGGAAACUACCCACACUUAGUUAUACUAGGAACUGGACUUGCAUUUGGGUUCCUUGUGGGACGGAUGAUUUUGGCUCACUUGUGUGAUGAACCCAAGGGACUAAAGACGAACAUGUGCAUGUCACUCUUGUACCUUCCAUUGGCCAUUGCAAAUGCUCUUACAGCUAGGCUGAAUGAUGGUGUUCCUUUAGUUGAUGAUUUCUGGGUUCUUCUCGGUUAUUGCGUAUUCACAGGAUCGCUCUACUUGCACUUUGCCACAUCGGUUAUUCAUGAAAUUACGACAGCUUUGGGAAUUUAUUGCUUCAGGAUAACUAGAAAAGAGGCUUGAAUAUCGACGAUUGUGAUCCAGAGGUUUCCUCGAUGCGGAACCAGUUUACAACUUGUGUUCUGGUGGAGCGCAGAAGCCGAAGUGAUUCAGUAUUUUGUAUUGAUGAGUGUUGCAGCUCAUCAACAUUGUUAUAUAAAUGUUUUGUUAAAAACAGGAAAGGGAAGUUUAUGUAUGUGAGCAUUUUCAUCCAUGACUUGAGAUUUAUGAAUGGUUCCUUUUAGUAGAAUCAACGUUUUUGAAGC